UAUGCGGACACAAAGAAACUACCAUUUGUGAACCAGAGGUAUUGAUCAAAUUCAAAAGAGGCUCAAGCAACCAUGGCCAAAACACCUUCUUCUAUCUUGGCUACCCAAUUCAUGAUUCUCUCUCUUCUUUCUUCAUUUGCUAUAAUUUUGGUCCAAGGAGAAGAUCAGGGUUUUGUGAGAUCCUUGGACCCCAAGCUUUUGGGGCUCAAGAAAGAGAAGCUGAGCCACUUUAGGUUUUACUGGCAUGACAUUUACAGUGGUCAAAAUCCCAGUGCAGUAGGAGUUGUGAGAGCACCCACCAAUUCAUCAACCCUGUUUGGUUCAGUUAGCAUGAUUGAUGAUCCUCUGACUCAAGGCCCUGAGUUGAGCUCAAAAUUGUGGGGAAGGGCUCAAGGGUUCUAUGCAUCUGCCUCACAGCAAGAAGUAGGCCUUCUGAUGGCUAUGAAUUUUCAUUUCAUUGAAGGCAAAUACAAUGGAAGCACCGUAUCUGUGCUGGGAAGGAACCAAGUUUUCAACAAGGUGAGGGAGAUGCCUAUCAUUGGAGGCAGUGGGCUUUUCAGGUUUGCAAGGGGUUAUGUUGAAGCAAGAACUCACUCAUUCACUCCAAAUACUGGAGAUGCCAUAGUUGAGUAUAAUGUCUAUGUGCUGCAUUAUUGAUGGCUUCUUGGUCUUUUUACUCCUUUGCUAGCUUUUUCUUGUCUUCUUCUCUUUUGAGGAGAUAGGCUGUAAUUAUGUUGGCCACCACCUUUGAUUACUUAAGGUUUCAGUGGGGUUGCUUUCUUUGUUAA